ACGCCGAUUCACUCCCUCUCUCGCGCUGGGGCGGAAACUUCUCCCUUGCGUCUUCCCAUCGCGAAGGUCUUGUCCAUGCCGACAGCUAGUUCCCGACGGACUUUCUCGGAGGCGGUCAGCACCGACGACGAGGAGGCUGCGCGGGGAGGCAAGGUCGGACGACCCUCGCCGCCUCGCUGCUCGUCGCGCAGGUAGUCUGCUACUUCUUACACGGUCGUCGCCGAUGUUGGGCUCUUCGAUGGUGCUGCCAUCGACGGUGCAGACUCUCUGCACAGCCACGCCGAUGAGCUCUCCUCUGUCGUCGUGGACAUGCUUCACGAUCCCCUUGCCAUAUGAUUCACGGUUCCUCGCCUCGCGACUGCAACAAGUCGUGGUGGUGGCUGGUGUGCUCUAGGUGCUCGACGAAAGGUCGCGCAGCAAAGUAGCAAACUCCUGCGACCCUACCCACCGCACCUACCAUUCUGGAGAGGAGAGGAACAGAGCCAAGAAACAAGCCCGGAAGAUGGCAGGCGGCGGAGUGGUGAAGCACAUCCUGCUGGCAAGCUUCAAGGAGGAGGUGACGCAGGAGCGCCUGGACGAGCUCAUCCGAGGAUACGCCGCGCUCGUCGGCGUGGUCCCCUCCAUGAAGGCGUUCCACUGGGGAACUGAUGUGAGCAUAGAAAACAUGCAUCAAGGGUUCACGCACGUCUUCGAGUCCACGUUUGAAAGCACGGAAGGAAUCAAGGAGUACAUUGAGCACCCUGCACACGUCGAAUUCGCAAGUGUGUUCUUGCCUGUGCUGGAGAAGGUCCUCAUAAUCGACUACAAACCGACGUCGGCCAAUUAGCGGUAGAACAUGCUCUGUACUGGUUCCUCGGAGGAUCCAGUUUGAUUCUACUCUUUAUUUUGCUAAAUAAACUCGGUCUGCUUUGUCCCUUGUUAAGAAUGAGCUUUGAGUUUUCUGUAGUGCAAUUGUUGUAGCUUCGCAUGUUUUCAUAUGGGAAUUACGUUCCUAAAGACCGUAUUUGCCACUUGGAAGCAGCAAACUGCUUGAACUUCUUGGAGAUUGGACGCUGGUUUGUUU